CCGCAGACAGGAACACGCGCGCCUGCGCUGCCAGCCACCGCAAUGGCGAUGCCGCCGAAGCCCGGCGAGCCGCCCAAGCCCUCGCCGGGGCGCAGCCCCAGCCUCAACCCCAACCCCAGCCCCUGCCCGCUCCCGCCCAUUCCCGGCGGCCCCCAGCCGGGCCAGCCCCCCGCGGCGGCGGCGCCGCCGCGGUCCCACCACCGCCGCGCCAGAUCUGAGAUGCCCUUCCGCUUCCCGGACGCCAACGGCGGGGGCUUCGACGAGAUCGGCUCCGAGGACGACCUCUUCUCCACGUUCAUGGACAUGGACAAGAUCGCCGGCUCCGGCCGCGACCGCGCCGCCGAGACGUCCUCCUCGCCGCCGCGCCCCACCAAGCACCGCCACAGCGCGUCCUUCGACGGGUUCGCCAUGGGCUGCGGCGGGCCCGGGAGGCAGGAUGGCGGCGGCGGGGUCGGAGGGGUGUUCGCCGACGUGCUGGAGGCUAAGAAGGCCAUGUCCUCCGAGCAGCUGUCUGAGCUCGCCUCCGUCGACCCUAAGCGUGCCAAGAGAAUUCUAGCGAACAGACAGUCUGCAGCUCGGUCAAAGGAAAGAAAGGCUCGAUAUAUAACAGAAUUAGAGCGGAAGGUUCAUACUCUUCAGACCGAGGCUACUACUCUUUCGGCACAAUUGACGCUAUUUCAGAGAGAUACAACAGGCCUUUCCGCAGAAAAUACAGAGCUCAAGAUUAGGUUGCAGGCCAUGGAACAGCAAGCUCAACUGCGUGAUGCUCUGAAUAAUACACUCAAGCAGGAACUGGAGAGGCUUAAGAUUGCUACAGGUGAGAUGACAAAGCCUGAUGAAGCAUAUAAUACGGGAAUGCAUCAUGUCCCAUACAACCCAUCUUUCUUCCAGCUUUCCGAGCAACACACACCUCAGCACCAUUCAAGUGUUCAUCAGCUGCCAUCCCAAUUCCAGCCACCUCAUCCCAAUGUCCCAAGCCACCAGAUGCUGUCCCAUCCAAACACGUUCCCAGAUAUGAUGCAGCAAGACUCGCUUGGGCGGUUCCAGGGGCUGGACAUUGGCAAAGGAUCAGUGGCUGUGAAGUUGGAGGCAGAGGCUGCUGCGAAGUCAGAGGGUAGCUCCAUAUCUGCAGAUUGGGGUUUGAGCGAUCACACGAUGUGUUUGGUUCAAGCAAGGGAAGAGGAAAAGGUAGCCUACUGCCACCGGCCUUGUAGAAGACGCUGGAUGACGGAUGGCUGCCGGGGAUGGCUUGCAACCAAAAAAUGCAGCGCCAUCCUCUCACGGCGGAUGGAGAUCCCUGCAUCGCUGCUCACGGUGGAGGGAGAUCACCGGCGUCAUUGCCCAUGGCGGAGAAGGGAGAGGGCUGGCCGCCGGCAAGCCGAGGGAGGCCAAGGAAGAUCUCCGGCGCUGCUGAAUGCUGCUCGUGCUGAAGAAAAUAUCUGACGAGCGGAGAAUACAGAGGGGGGAUCGAUACCGGGCGAGAGGUGUUAUUCCAUACCAGUGCGUAUGGGCAAAAGAAACGGGUUCUGAAACCAGCCCGACUCAAACAAAUACACGUAACAUAAUCAGAAGACGGGAAAAAACCCGCCAACCAAACGUUACAUUUUUCUGUUGACAUGCUUUGCAUCCUCGGAAUCUACAAG